GCACUAACAGAUAUCACAAAGAGCAUACAAACGUUCUUAGAUUGACGGAUACAACUGCCGAUCGACGUUGAUUUGCAUAUCCCAUAACAUCUCUCUCUCACAAAAUGGCAAAAACAGUUCAUCACGUUCUUGAAAUCCUAACGAUCCUUAAUUUUUUCUCCAGUUUCUUCAUGCCUGCACAUUCCACCUCCUUGAACUCUUUCGUCUAUGGCGGCUGCUCACAGAUAAAGUAUGCACCAGACUCGCCAUACGAGUCGAACCUUAACUCACUCCUCACUUCCCUAGUGAACUCAGCCACUUACUCUUCCUACAACAAGUACACAGUCAUGGGGUCAAGCCCACAAGACGUAGUAUACGGUCUGUACCAAUGCCGGGGCGACUUAGCCAUGCCUGAUUGCGCCACCUGCGUGGCUCAAGCAGUGACUCAACUCGGCCCAUUGUGCUCACAAACAUGCGGCGGAGCCAUACAGUUAGAAGGGUGCUUUGUGAAAUAUGACAAUGCUACAUUCAUAGGAGUGGAGGACAAGACUGCUGUGAAGAAGAAAUGUGGACCGUCUGAUGGUUUCAACAACGACGAAAUGAGCCGCCGUGAUGCGGUGUUAUCAGGCUUGAAUGGUGGCGGUGGGGCCUACAGGGUGGGUGGCUCUGAGGAUGUUCAGGGUGUGGCGCAGUGCGUGGGGGAUUUGAGUAUGGGCCAGUGUCAAGAUUGUUUGACGGAGGCGAUUAGGCGGCUGAAAGGUGAGUGCGGUGGCGCUGUUUUUGGGGACAUGUUCUUGGCCAAGUGCUAUGCUAGGUACUCAACCAGUGGAGCUCAUGUUUAUGCAAGAUCCAACCAUGAUUCGUCAGACAACGAAUCGGAGAAGACAUUUGCUAUAAUAAUUGGAUUAUUAGCUGGGAUUACUUUAUUCAUCGUUUUCUUGGUGUUCAUGAGAAGGCUCUUUUGGGGAAAUGGUAAAUGAAUGACAAAAGUUUCAAGAAAAAUUCGUGUCCCAGUUCGAUUUGUAGCUAGCUAGGAUUUGCAACUUUUGAUAACCCUUUUGACUUGCCAUGUUUUCAUGGUGGACAUCAACUUGCCUUUCUAUCUUUGUUUAUCUUUUCUGCAAAAUAUUAUUUGGAAUUUGUAUCAAAAAGGAUACUCUCUAAAAAAAGAUGUGAAAUAGGAGCAUGGACUCCAAUACAAAACCUAAAAAAGAGAAGGGAAAAAAGGAGAGUAAGAUUCCACCCAUCUCCACUUAACAAAAGUUGUUUUGGCUAAUGUGGAAAAAUGGUCGAUUCUUUUUGUAAAGGAGUGCAUUUAUAAUAUUCCUAUGAUGCAUUUCUUCUGUUACAUAUUCGUGUUUCGAACAUUCAAUACGCAUACAUACAUAUGUAUAUAGUACAAUCCAUCUAACAAGAUAUAACGUAUAUGCA